AUGUGGUCCUGGUUCGGCGGCGCAGCCGCUCAGAAGCGCAAGGAUGCACCCAAGAACGCCAUCCUGUUGCUGCGCGGACAGUUAGAUAUGCUACAGAAGCGCGAGAAGCACUUGGAACAUCAAAUUGCGGAGCAAGAUGCCACGGCACGGAAGCACGUCAACACAAAUAAGAAUGCUGCGAAGGCCGCUCUCCGAAGAAAGCACGCCCUCGAAAAGAACCUCGAGCAAACAUCAGGGCAGAUCAUGCAGCUCGAGCAACAGGUAUACUCGAUUGAAGCGGCGAAUAUCAAUCAUGAGACACUGCAGGCAAUGAAGCAAGCUGGUGCGGCUAUGGAGCAGAUUCACGGUGGAAUGAGCAUCGACAAAGUCGACGAGACAAUGGACGUUCUCCGAGAACAACACCAACUGGCCGACGAUAUCGGCGCUGCAAUUACCUCCGUGCCAUUCGGCGACCAGGUGGACGAGGGUGAUCUUGAAGCUGAGUUGGAAGGGAUGGAACAGGAGGCUAUGGACGAGCGGAUGCUCAAUACCGGUCCUGUCCCGGUCAAUACCCAACUGGACCGAUUACCAGCGGCUGGUACUUCAGACUUAAGCAAAGACAAGACGCAGGCAGUCGAGGAAGACGACGAGGAGGCAGAGUUGGCCAAGUUGCGCGCUGAAAUGGCAAUGUAG